AUGCUGCACGACGCCGAGGAGACGCUGAACAAGGUCGAGGAUUGUAGUCGUCUGCCGCCAGCGUUAGACAUGCUUGCCAGUCUGUCCAAACAGCAUCCAGCCGCAUGGCAGGCUCGAUUUGGGGACAUUGUCGAUUUACUUGUGGGAUGGUUUGUGGACAAGAAUACAGCAUCGGCUGUCAAGAAGCAGAUUGCUGAUCUCAUGGGGUCAUUCACGGUUCAAUGGCUGGAUGCUGCAGAAUUCGGGCAGGAUCUACUCGAGAUUUUCAUCACGGAUAUCGAAAAUAUCGUGAGCGAUGAAGCUCCUAGCGACGAGGACGAUGGUAGGAAAGAUGCGGCAUCCUUAGAAACAGCGGCAUCUCUGAUCAGUUGCUUCAGCAUCAUUCUCAAAGCAUUGGUCGCACACGCCUCGCAAGCAGUAACUCGAAUGACACAUCUCCAGGAGCGGGCUCUGGAAAUGCUUGUUCUCGUGCGGAAGGCUACCUCUUCAUCGGAUACUCAAGUCAACGAGAUUAUUUUGACACUCAGUCUUGGCAACCCGGGAUCGUUCUACAACUUCCAACCCAAGGCGAUACAGAUUCUCAUGGAUCAAUUUGACAAUCUGCGGUUGGACAAUGCGACAUGGAAGGAAAAGAUGGAUUCCGUCCGCAAGAUUCUGGCGGUUUGGCGUCCAAAUGUUCAUCCAGGAGUCGUCUUGGAGAUGUGUCACCCCAAAACCGGCCUCAUGCAACUGCGUUGGCUUUUGCAGAACAAGUCAAACAGGAUCAAAGACGUCCUCGAAGCCAUACUAAUUUCAUUGCCCGACCCAAGCCAUGGACAGGAAUAUCCAGCCUCGGGGAAUGACCACAAGGACAUUCAUUUGCAGGCAUGGAGCAGUUUAAUUCACGAAAUUCGUGGAAUUGCUCACGAGCUCAACCAGGAGAGUUGUUUGGCUGAGGCGACAGACAUCGGUACAAUCAUGAAAGACGGCUCGAUCCAGCAUCAUGACCGAUAUGAAGAAUCACGACUUUUGGAUAUGCGCUAUAAAGAGGGCCGGUACCAAGGCUGUCGAAGGACAGGUUCACCUGAGGCUGCGUUGCUCACAAAUUUCACUUUCGACGUCCUCCUUGUCACUCAAAUGAGCCGACUGUGGCCUAAAGAAGCAUCAUCAAUCUUUCUGCGACUCUUGGAGAUUCUCAGCGCUGUACCAGAGAUCCGACUUACACUUGUUGUACAUGCCUUACGAGAAAUUUCAAGCAGCCGGAAACAUUUUAUACCAGCCUGGCUCGAGUGUGAAACUGGCGAUGCAGCAGAGGACGUUAAUUGGGAUUCUUCGACUUUGAGUGUUUCUCUCAAGAUGCUUGGCUCUCUGACGAAAAACUGGAGACUGCUAUCCACAUCUCUGAAGAACUGUCUUAUUUCCUGGAACGCCGACAUUUUGAGAGCCGUGCAGGCGUACCACGAGAAAGCCUUGCCUCUGCAGUGGGAGUUAUUGAAAGUUGCUCUCUCUUGCAACCUUCAUCAGCUCAUCACCAACGCAGCUUCGAUUUCGACCAUCUUUGAGAACUUUAUCGGUGCCUUUGGGUCUUUGAACCUGGGACCUCAACUUCUUGCCAAGAUCGGGGAUCGAUCUCAAGAUGUAUCGCCAAAUGUUCGAGAAGCCUGGCAAAGGGUUUUGUUCCAGUCCAACCCGUUCGCCUUUGCGUAUGAAUGCUACAACAUUCAAGAGACUGACAUCACCCGUGCUCUAAAGAUCCUGGUACUCAAAAGCCCCAAUUCAGGCGUGUUCCGAUACCCUCACUUUUCUGCGGUUUUGUCCAGUCUCAACUCCAGUGAUGCCAAGGCAGCUCAAACAUCGAACGCCAGCACUCUUGAUAUCGAAACCCAGCCCGACACCGACAUGCUUGAGCGACUCUUCCAUUCAUGCCAAGGGAAAGAUAUUCUUGCCAAAGUCAACCUUGACGGAGGCUCAGAUUUUUUGACGCUAUUGGACCGACUUGAGCUGCAAUUUCAGAACGCGUACCAUGGAACUGCGCUCGGUGUCAUUCCGCUGACACCGAAGCCCAGCAUCGUAUUUGUCAGGUCGAACAAAUCCUUGUGGGAAGAUUGGUUCGUUCGGGUUCGAAGUCGCAUUGUGGAAGGCGCCAAAGUGACGGGCGAGUACGAGACCGUCAUCCGUAAUGGAUACAUGCUUUUGGCAGAUCACUUUAGCACUUUGUGUCGUGGCGCUGUCAUUGACAUCUUGCCUUGGCUAGACGACUUUGAAAGCGUCUUGGUAGAUCUCGUGGAGGCACUGAUGAUUGCGACAUCCAUUUAUUUAGAUCCAAGAUACAAGAAUUCUUGUUUGAAGGAAGGACAGGCGCUCGCAUUAUCGCAGAUAUCGCUUGACUGGAUCAAUACGGCUGUCUUGCAGUCUCAGAGCCGCUACGAACCGUCAACAAAAGAUGCCAUCGCAAUCGUCAAAGGAUACUCCGAUGUGGAAUUAGCAGAGGACGUCGGGCCGCCAGCAGAGUUCUUGUGCCAGGAAAUUACGAACAGUCUGAGCGAUCUCUACAGUUAUCAGCAGCUUCAGACAUUCCUGGACUCUAUUCCUAUGGACGCAUAUGCGGACAGGACUCUGCCUUGGAGUGAUACGUCCAUGAUGCAAGCAUUGAACGGUUUUUGCGCAGACGAGGCGUCCCACGCGUGGAAGCAUUUGGAAGACUAUUACGACCAGGAGAAUCUCGAACAGCUAGCACCUGAUGUGUUCACGGCGGACCGAACAGGGCUGGCUGGACGUAUCUAUCUCUUUGCGGCGAAAGCUUACCUUCAGUCGGAUGUUCAAGUCGAGGACCUGGAUCGAAUUCGACAAAUGUCUCUACGCAUCGUACAGCCGCCGGCUGAGUUCCUUCUCAGCAACGGAGUGAAUCACGCCAACGGAGCAUUGCUGGACACCUUGAUGCUCAACACCCCUGCGCCCGCCACCCUCAAAGCCCUUCGAGAAUUCACUGAACAUGUCGCUCAGGUUCCUGAGGAGAUGAGGAUGCACAUGUUUAACAAGGACCUGCGUUUCUGGGCUCGAUUGGACGCGGUUGUCAAUCUCGCCAAGCGUCAUGCUUCCUGCAAAAAUACGGCGGUCAUCAAACAAUCAAACGAGUUCAAGUUCCUUCUCUCGAAAGUUGCCCGUCGGUCCGAAUGUCAUGAUUUUGCCAGCAGCAUCCCCCGAACUUGGGAAGGCCCACUGUCUCCGGAGAUCCUGCUUGAGGAAGCCAAGGCAGCUAUGGCGAAGCACGACUACACAACUGCUCUGAGUACGUCUGGUCGGAUCCUUAACAAGGUCAAGAACUCUCUUGGCACACACAAGGACGACGACCAAGCGUUGGCUGUGCUUCAAGGCAAGAUCUACUUGAAAAUGGCCAAGUGGUCACGAUCAACCAAACCACAACUUUCAGAGGGCAAUGUUGAGGCGUUCGAAGACAUUCUGGACCUGGAGCACGGUACACAACAGUCUCCACAGGCAAGGAUAGAAACCAUCACGGCCACUUGUUUUCAGAAGGCGAUCGAGAUCGGGCCAAGCUACAGGAAGUCUUGGUUUGCUUUGGGUACGCAUCACUACAAGCAAGGGUGGGGCAUCUUGGACGAGCUCGGAUCAUUCCGCUUCCAUCACCCUAUUGCCAUUGCUUCCAACGAUACGUUGAAGGAUAUCCUGGGAAGAGCAGGAGUGAGCAACCUCGAGGAGCAAUCCAAGAGUAUCUUUGGUGUUUUUGUCAAGCAUUGUGCUUCAGGCCAGCCAUUCGAUGAAUCGACGGCAUACGACAGUAUCAGGACGCAUGUCAUGAAGAUUGAGCAGGUGGCAGCCUCAGAGGAAGUUGUGGCCGAGAUUAUUGGGUCAUUUCAGACGUUGCUGCAGAGGAUCCUCGAGUCUUAUCGUCUGGCUAUCCAUGGUUACUUUCGCUUCCUCCAGUUUGCUGCGUUGGAGUUUGAAUGCAGUCAGCCCAAGGCCAAGACAACCUCUGGAGAGGAAGUGGAGAACGAGGUCUCACAGUCUGCUGUGUCAGACGAGAUUACUGCGACGCUGCGCCUGCUCCGACUUUUAGCCAAGCAUGGAGGUCAGCUUUACGAUGUUUUCCAUGAGAACCUGGUUGACAUCAACGUCAGUCCGUGGACCAAUAUUAUCCCGCAACUCUUUGCCCGGCUUGACCACCCAGAGAAGCCCGUCCAGUCAUUGAUCGCAGAUCUUCUAUGCAAGAUCGGUUUGCAGUUUCCGCAGCUGAUCGUCUUUCACUGUGUUGUCGGUGCCAACUCUGCACACAACAGCGCAUGUCAGAGGCGACUUCUCCGAUUUAUCGGAGAGUUCUUGACAAAGUCGCACCCGGAGCUCGUUUCUCAAGUUGAGCAUUUGAUCCGCGAGCUGGAAAGGAUAACAGUCUUGUGGGAGGAGAUGUGGUACAAGAAGAUCAUGUCGAGCAUCUCUGAGCUGAAGAACACGUUGCAGGAGCUUAUGGAGCAAUAUCAGGGACUGGACGCCAUCUCUGGUUUGGGUUUGGAAGACAAGCAUGCUGUUAUGCUGGACAACUAUCAGCAAUCCGUGUUGCCUCUACUGGUGCCAUUGGAAAGUCUCCAAGAGGCGCACAGCGUGCCCGAGUCCAACCAUGAGCGGUGGUUCGUUUCGACCUUCAAGGGCAGGAUUCAAUCCACUCUGCUUGCACUUCGCUCACCAAAGUCUUGGGAUAACCUCUUUGAAGGACUGAAUUUGUUGAAAGAGAUCUGCAUGGACAUUGGAAAGGAGAUUUCUGGGACCCGUAUUUUGAAGCUAUCCGAUCUUAGUCCUGGGCUUUCCGCCAUCCAGUCUUCUCAAAUUGCCAUCCCCAGCCCAGACCAAGGAACAGGGGUAACCAUCCAGUCAUUCGAUCAGCAAGUGGUCGUUAUUCCUACCAAGACCAAGCCAAAGAAAUUGACAUUGUUGGGUUCGGAUGGCAAGCGCUAUACAUAUCUCUUCAAGGGCUUGGAGGAUCUCCACCUGGACGAAAGAGUCAUGCAGCUCUUGCGGAUUUCGAACGGGAUGCUUCAGCGGGACAAGGAAUCCAGCACACGGCACCUCAACGCUCGGCACUACGCGGUUGUGCCUCUGAGUGAUAACUCGGGCAUGAUUCAGUGGGUCGAGAGUACGGUGUCGAUCUUUGCAAUCAUUGCUAAAUGGCAACAUCGUGAGCAGAUGUGUGCUCGGUGGAUGAACGACGACAGCUCGACGGCACCGCUCCAGGCCCCUCCUCGUGCCACAGAACUCUACAAUGAGAAGGCCAUGUUGGCGCUCAAGAAGGCUGGUCUCCCCUCCAACCACCCUCGGCGGAACUGGCCAAAGUCGAUCCUGCUGGACCUGUACCAUGAGAUGGCUAGCGAGACGCCUGCAGAUCUUUUGGAGCGAGAGAUUUGGGCCUCGAGUCCCACGCCGGCGGAAUGGUGGAAAAAGUCGGUUCGGUUUGCGAGGUCGACGGCGGUGAUGUCGAUGAUCGGCUACGUGAUUGGGUUGGGCGACCGUCAUCUGGACAAUAUCCUGAUUGAUAUCACGACCGGUGAUCUGGUGCACAUCGACUAUAAUGUCUGCUUUGAGAAGGGCAAGCGUCUGAGGAUACCGGAGAUUGUGCCGUUCCGUUUGAGUCGAAACAUGCUUACGAGUCUGGGCGUGACGGGCGUGGAAGGCAACUUUAGGAUUGGAUGUGAGCAGACGAUGAAGGUGAUGCGGAAGAAUAAGGAGAUUUUGGUGACAUUGCUGGAGGCGUUUGUGUACGAUCCGCUGGUUGAUUGGCAAAUCGACGCCACGACUGGGCAAGGUGGAGGUGCUCAAGGUGGAGCGGGAGCUGGAGUCGGUAAUGGUGCAGGAAAUAUUGUUGGAGGAGGAGGAGGAGGAGGAGCAGACGUGAAUGGUGGUGGAGGUGAUCAAGACAGCGAAGGCCAAUUGUCAUCUCGAUCGCUUGGCCUUGUCCGUCGUCUGUCAGAGGAGAGUUUUUGCUCGGUCAGCAGCAUGAGCAUCAAGUCGACGGCGACAACGGAUUCAUUGUCGAAGAGGUGGACGUCCUCUGGUUGGGAGCCAGCAGAUUUGAGUUCGUCGAGUCUGUUCAAUGGACAAGGACAGAAACUUCACCAGCAGGACCAAUAUCAACAACAACAGCAGCAGCAGCAGCAGCCACCGUUGCAUCAACGAAACGCGUAUGCGGUCAACAUCCUCCGACGGGUCCGACACAAGCUAGAGGGGCGUGACUUUGAGGCGGUCAAGAAGUGCAAGGUGACGGAGCAGGUUGACAGGGUGAUCCAGGAGGCGACCAAUGUUGAGAACCUGGCGAAUAUGUACGAAGGCUGGACGCCGUGGUUGUGA